AUGGUCUGGCCGUUUUCGAGCGCGGCGGCGCCCGCACCGAGCGCGAGCGCGUGUCCGGUCGACCAUGAGACGCGCCAAAAGUGGCAGGAACAGGCGUGCCCGGUAGACCAUGAGACGCAGGCUGCGUACCUCGAGCAGGCGAAGGCGGCACGCGCCGAAAGUGGCGCACUGGCCGCAGACGGCCAGCCCCUGUCGCUGGAGCGCGAGGUAUCCUCGAUUCCGCGGUUCUAUAUGGAAGGCGCCGACCCGGUCGAGUCGGAGCACACCGCUUCCGAGGCCGUAGAGGAGCGCGACAACAAGUGGGUGUACCCCUCGCCCAACCAGUUCUACAAUGCCGUUCGGCGCAAGAACCACGAUGCCAAGGCCGAGGACAUGAACGUCGUCGUGCCGAUUCACAACGCGGUGAACGAGGAGGCAUGGCGCAUGAUCCGCGACUGGGAGAGCAAGUGGAAUACCCCGGACGCGCCGGCGCCCCAGCUCGUCAACUUUGUCGGACGACCGCGCGACUUUACGUGGCGGGCGUGGAUGCGCAACCUAGCUGGCUACCAGCUGCCCUUUGACCGGCACGACUGGGUGGUGGUGCGCCCGAGCGAUGAGGAGAAUGCGCCACCCAAAAUGAUGCGGUACAUUAUCGACUUUUACGCGGGCCGCAACCAGGCGGCGUCCAGCUCGUCGGAUGCAAUGGCCAAGACGGCGGAUCCCAAGGGACGGGUGAGCUUUUACCUGGAUGUGCGCCCGGCCCCGGAUACGGUCGAGGGUAUUGCGAUGCGGCUGCACCGCUGGUGGCUUCCUACGUCAUAG